GUUGUUUUCUGGAACUCAAAGGACCUCACUCCGUUCAGACAGUACAGCCAACCAAAUUUAUACUUAUAUAUAUAUAUAAACAUAUAUAUAUAUAUGCAUUAACGGUGAAGUGGGCAAAAGUGUGACAAACAGAACGGAAAGUUAGCAUACUUUUAUGAGCUGCGAUUUGGCCGAGUCGCGAGUUCAAGCCCAGGACAGCAAGCGGAACUGUGAACUGUGAACUGUGAAAAUGUGACCCAAUUGGAAAGAACGAAAAACGAUAUUGUGCCAGUUAUAUGUCCAUAUAUAUGUAUAUAUAUAUACAUAGCACACAUCAUACAUAUAUGUGCCGAGCCUAAGUACAUCCGUCAAUAAAAGGAGGAAUAAUGAAGCUCUCUGACACCAUGGCCACGCCAAUAGAAGAAAAACUGGAUCAAAACCUAAAGGUGCGCACUGGCAUGGUCCAUGUGAGCGAUGGCAAGAGCAGACCCGAGCCACUGCGUCUCAAUCUUACCAUGGAGUUGCUUUCUCUGCAGAAACUGGAAGUGGUAACCCCCACCAGUUGUAAUCCCAAUGGACCGCCCAUGGAAUCAAAGGAACGCAUGGUUCAAAUUACGCGCCAAAAACAAGGCGGCCUUGGACUGAGCAUAAAAGGUGGAGCUGAACACAAGCUACCAAUAUUAAUAUCACGAAUCUAUAAGGAUCAGGCUGCAGAUAUCACGGGUCAACUGUUUGUGGGCGAUGCCAUUAUCAAGGUUAAUGGAGAGUACAUCACAGCCUGUCCCCAUGACGAUGCGGUGAAUAUACUAAGAAAUGCCGGAGAUAUUGUUGUGCUGACAGUGAAGCACUAUCGAGCUGCCACACCCUUCCUUCAAAAGCAAUUAACCAAAGACACGCCCGACUCUGACAACGAUGCUACGUGUGCUGAACUGAAGGCCGAUGAGGGCUACAAGUCCUCUGUGAAUAGUGGAACCAUUAGUCGUAGCUGCAGUCGUCCCAUGUCUAUAUGCUCAGAGCCCGAAAAGCGAUGGACCGAUGUGGUGGCAGUACCUCUUAUGAUGGCCUAUGUGACGAGAUACAUUUAUGGCACCGAUAAGUUGCGACAAAAUGCCUUUGAAGUUCGUGGCUUAAACGGAAUUACCACAGGAGUCAUACACUGCGAUGAACUGGCCAUACUUAGUCAGUGGCUUAAGUUGAUAACAGAUAAUGUGGUGGGCUUAACGCACUUACAGAUGAAGCUGUACAACAGAAACUUUGCGGUGGGCGAGCGGAUCGAAUACAUGGGUUGGGUGAAUGAGGGAGUGAUUAAUAACAAUAUAUCUUGGCAGAGUUAUAAGCCACGAUUUCUACUGCUCAAGGGAACCGAAGUGAUGCUCUUUGAAACGCCGCCACUCAAUGUGGCUGGCAUUAGCAAGGCCUUGGUCGUCUAUAAGGUGUACCAAACCAUGUUCCGUAUUGUCAAGGAAUCGGAGACUGUGGAUAGCCGCCAGCAUUGCUUUCUGCUCCAAAGUUCUGGCCACGAACCGCGCUACUUAAGUGUGGAAACCCGACAGGAACUCCUGAGGAUCGAGAAUAGCUGGAAUGCGGCUAUCGUGACCAGUGUUAUUAAAUUGGGCCGCAAAACAUUUGCCGUUUCGCAUCAUGGCAAGAGUGGUGGACUCACAUUGGAUUGGCAGGCAGGAUUUUCUCUGGCCGAAGGUGCCGACUCGGCCAUUGUUUGGCAAUAUAAAUUCUCACAACUGAGGGGCUCCAGUGACGAUGGCAAGUCGAAGCUGAAGCUGCAUUUUCAGGAUCAUGAUAGUCGGGCUAUAGAGACGAAGGAACUGGAAUGUCAAGUCCUGCAGAGCCUGCUCUUCUGCAUGCAUGCCUUCCUUACGGCCAAGGUGGCCUCAGUGGAUCCUGCAUUUUUGAGCUCAAUACAACAGACCUAAGACGGAUCUCGGGACUCACACACAAAAGGAUAUAGAUAGAUAUUCGUAAAGUGCAUAGCAAAUAAUUCGAAUAUGAAUGUUGGACUAGGUAUCUCAUACUUUAUGUCGUCGGCCUGUACUUAUUAUAAACAAGUGCGCGUAUAUGUGUUGAUCUGAAUGAUUGUAAUUGGAUACUGAUAUGAUAUGGAUAUGGAUAUGGAUAUAUUUAUAGCGCUGAUAAAACUGAAAGUGAAAUCUCUUGGUGCAUUACAGUAAUUUUUAAGCGUACAUAAGGCAAUUACUUUAGGCAUUUUUCCUAUUACGUAGACUUGGUACUAAAUAAUUGAUAACAAAUUCACAUAUAUAUAUAUAGAUAUUGUUUAUAACCGAUUGUUUCCCAAUGUAGCCUUUAUAUAGUUGAAUUACCUAUCUUACGUACGGUCUGCCGAUUCGCUUUUGCUAUGAGCCUAAAGAAAAGGGCUUCUAAUGAGGAGCCUCAAAGGCUUUAAUCCGUGCUACAUCCCCUAGAUAUAUAUAUAUAUAUAUAUUUCCUCCCCAAAAGGUUUAACGACAAAUUUUUAUCGAAUUAUAAAACCAGUUUUGUGUGCGCUCUAAUGAAAAUUUAAUUUUCGAAAACCAAGGAAAAGAAAAAACGAAUGCUUUAAAAACGGAUUAAAUGUUAUUUUCUACUGAGGUAAUAGCUGAUAUCAUAUAAUAGAUAUAUAUACUUUAUAAAAUAUAUAUAUAUAACAUCCACCGAAACAAAUCUCAAUGCACAGACGUAAUAUGAAUUAGAUUUUAUAACUGUUAUACAUUUAACCAAAGUCAGUUAAGAGAUUCCAUCGGACACUCACAUAGGUCAUUGGAUCAUUUGUCAAUUCAGAAAGUGUCUUUCAGUGGCGAUAUCGUAUAUUUGUUGCUUCAGAGAACAGCAUUGUAUGUAUGGGUUUUAGGCGUUAUUGCACAACAUAAUAUACACAUCUACCACUUAGCAUAUUAAUUAGUUAGCGAAUCAUCGAAGAAGAGCACGAAAUAGCAAAACAUCCAUGAAUAUCAAGUAACCGCGCAAAGAAAACAGAAUAUCUCAAAGGUAGAGAUGAUCAUUUCUGCCCUAUAACUAUAAACCUAUAUAUGUAUACCAAAAGCAUCAGGAUCAGAAGCAAAAAAUAUUUACUGUACAUACGCUAAGCUCUAUAGCAUCCAGAAAAAAGGCGAUACCAUAAAAUAUAUAAAAACCAUGUUCACACCAAUGAAAUCAAAAUAACUAGAUGCACCCUACAAAUCGCAACCUUAAUCCAAAAACCCGACCAACAUACGUAAUCUGCAUACACCGCAACAUGUUAUACGAGUAUCAAUUAACCAGGAAGGAGUUACAUCUCUCACAUCCGGUACUAACCAUACAUAACAUACAUACAUACAUACAUAUAUUUUUAAUGCAAAAGCUUACAUAGUGCUGUACGAAGAUGUACGCCCUCAUACCAAAUACUAUAUAUGCGAUAUGUAAUAUGUACCCCGAACUAACAAACAAAAAUACUUACUCAAAAGCUGCGAUUCUGUGAGAGGAGAGAGUUCAAUAUUUAACCGGCAAACUGCGCUACUUGAUACAAAAUCAUCGAAAAUGGAAAACAAUAUGAGUUGCUUUUGUUACGAAUUUCCUCUAUACUUUUUAUACGUUAAUAAUUGAAAUUAUUGUACAAGAAAAACCA